AUGUUCAGCAAAAUCUGCAUUUUGAUUUGGUUUGGAAAAGUUUAUGUGUGUGGAACAAGUGCCGAAUUGUCCGGUCUGCCGAACACGAAAAAUGGCAGCACAUUUCACUGUCCAUCUUUUGAAACCGUCAGGCUGCACUGGCAAGAUUUUCACCCAUUUACUCAUUACAACUCUUCCAGCAAGAGCCUUGAAGGAGACCUCUCUCGUUAUAUGAAUACUGCACUAAAUGCUUGCUGUCCAAGACUGCGAAUUUAUGACGAGAAAAUAAACAUUACUAGCUCUUGUGAGAUGGAAAUACUCAUUCGACGAAAUCACGACAAAAAUCCUGUUAUCCAUUUUCCAAUUUUCUCUAACAAAGGAGAAACAGAGCAGCUUCAGAGGAGGUUUGUGGCACUGUUUCAUUCACCGGGACCUGCGGUUUUAAAAUUUGGCCACGGAUCAGAUCCAUUUUCAAAUAGAUUUCUGUACCUUCUGAAGAACGUGUGGGCGCUGGUGCUAAUUUCCUUUUUACACGCCUUACUUGCAGGAAUAAUCAUAUGGGCUUUGGUACGUACGUUGAAGCAAACUCGAAAUUUGUUAUUUAUGGUCUCCUCCCGUCGUUUUUUCUCUCUUUUUAUUCGUUUUAAUUCCAAGUUUUGUUUGGUUUACUUUUCUUUUUUAUUUUGUCGAUCUAACACACCUAAUGGAAAACUUAUGGAAUGGUAUAAUAGUUACCAGAAAAUGAGGAAAGUGAUGACCAUUGUCAUCACUUUUUCCCUUUUCCCGUUAACGUUACUCUUAACUUUUCCCGUUUACAUUUCUACUUAUUGCAAGUAAUUUUGCAAUAAGUAGAAACUCCAUGAAUAAAAUUGGAACCGACUCACACUUCUCUCAUCCUGCGAAAGCAAACAGUAGUUUGAAAAACAAAAGGGCUGAGGUUACUAUGAAUUACAAAAUUAACAUAUGAGGUACGCAUGUUGCAAUCGUUGAAAAAAGAGCUUCACUAAAUCCAUCGAAUUCAAAUUUUUGUUUAUUAAUUUUUUAACCAGCUUUUUGCCCAGGCUGUUGCUAAAACUAUGUUUCAUUAAAAUUACCAAUUCAAAAACAAACCAGGGCGAUUUCUUUCCUAGAGUCACCGAAUUGAUGAGGAUAAAAAUAAUGCUUUCAGAACCAUUAAUCAUUAUCUAUGUCAUGGCAUGACAGAAAAAAAAUAAUUUUUGUAAUAAAAAAUUUUGAUAUUGAGUCCUGUGGGGGAAAUAAUUCUUGAUAUUGAGUCCUGUGGGGGAAAUAAUUCAAGCUUCAAUGCAAAUUUGAAUAACAACAGAUGUGUACCUGUCAUUUGCAUCAUAAUCAUUAUGAAUCAAUUUUUCAUAAGUAAUUUUUCGAGUUCAAACAGUAAUGAAUAUUUCCCGAAAAGUUAGACAACAUUUAGCGAUCUUUAUAAAGCAGUAACUUCCUAGUGAAGAUUAAUUUCACUGAUCAUUUUGCAUUUCCGAAUGAUGGUGAAGACUUAUCAUAAUAAAACAAAACGGGAUGGUACACACUUUAUUUCGUAAUUAUGAUUACCAUCGUUCAUUUAGCUAUGCGUUGUGUCACCCAACCAAAUGUAGUUUUAGAUUUUUAAAAAUACUCUUUUAGAAAGAUAUCAGAAUUUUUUAUACCAUUGCUCAUGCAAAUAAAACGUCUCAAAACAAAAUCAAUAACACUACGCCGUUUAUUAAACGUGAAUUGUGCUGACUGAAAAAAAUAUUCGGUUCGUGAUAUGAGGACCAUGCCAUGUUUUGCGAUGGGUAUUAACCGCCAAAAUUAUACAACAGUUGCCAACAGGACAAUUCAGCAAUUUAGGAUCUUGAACAAUUUAUUUUCUGAAGUAGAAAUAUCUUUUGUUGUAGAGGAAUAGCAGAAGUAUGUUUCACAUAUUUACAUGUACAUACGAUUUUAUGUCAUUACGCCUUCAAUACUGUAAUCGAAACAAACAGUAGCCUCACCUCAAGUUAUUCUACUGUCCUCUAGUCUUUCAGACCAGUCAAGUCACACUUCCUUUAUUGAAAAUGAGCUUCCUUUAAAUAUAAAGGUUUACCUGCAUCCAGGCCUUGCAACUAAGCCGCAAUUUUAUAUUGUGUGACGGUCACUUGCUUAUUUCGAGGGAUGCUACACUUUUGCAUUGGCUUUUUUUUUUCCCUCGUGCACUUGUUUUACUCGUGCCCUGCAACUUAUCACCUCCUCUCUCCCCAUAUAGGAGCACAGGACCAAUUCAGCCCAGUUCCCGUCGAGUUCUUUUCGUGGAAUCGGACAAGGGGUUUGGUGGGCCUUUGUUACCAUGACAACCGUUGGGUAAGCUUUUUUUAAAUUUUUGACCAAAGUCAUAGUCAAUGGUGUACAUGAGCUAUUUAAAAGCAGUAUAAAUGACCAUUAGUCUAGUAUUCUACACAAAGCCUGAUUUUAAUCUUUCAGAGGGAGAUAUAGGUUUAUUGUUUAAGAAAGUUUAUAGUACGGGUGCAGACCUAAACAUUACACUUACUUCUAAUGAAUACACGAAAAAUAGUUGGCAUUCAAGUUUAAUUCAGUCCAUUCUUUUCAACGAUCAAAGAUACGGUGACAAAGCACCUCAGUCCUCCCUUGCCCGUACGUUUGCGAUCCUGUGGAUGUUAGAAGGAACAGUGUUGACAACUGUGUUUUCAGCUAGGCUGACCGCUGACCUAACUGCAGGCGAAAUAGGCUAUGACCUAAAUCUUCUUGGAAAAAGGGUAGGUAAAUAAUUCUAUCUAUAGCUGAUAAAAUGAGUGAAAAUAGAGACUUGAAGUAUCAUUCCUUCAUGUCUGGUACUUCUACGAGCCCCUCAGUAACCCUAGUGCAAGAGAGUAUGUAUGAAUGUAAUAGUAGCUUAAUUCGAGUGGCAAGAAUACCGAAUAAAGCAAUGAUUGAGAAAACGUAGUGCUGAUUAAAUAGUUCUGCACGAAUGGAGCCAACCAUGGUUGCGUUGCCCAGUGAGUGAAAAACGUGUCGUACAUGAGGCAGUCCAGUUUUCAGGAACACUUCGUUAACAUUAAGAAUUGUUUCAAAUCAAAUCUGUUGCCACUGGAAGGUUCAUCACGGGGGUUCUUGCUACUACUAUUUGAGCCUCUUACUAAUACUCGAUGUUCUGAGUUCUUUAACGCGUUUAGUGGGUGGACGUUUCAGCGUUUAAUGACAACACGAUCAGGUCAAAUUUAAAUUUGAAUACAACGCCUCGUUAAUAAAAUGCAUUCUAAGGCAUUCUAAGGCACAAUGAAGGGUCUAUGCUGCGAUUUACUGUUCCGUUACAAAAUAAGAACGAUGUUCUGUAUUUUUUUUCCACCAUGCUUUUUCUAUAAAAGGCUUAAACGCACAUUAUGUUAACACUAGGAACACUCAAAUAACCUCGCCACCUGGAAGACUCGCCACAAAGUGUAAUCGAUCUCGCCAUGAAGGCUUGUUACCUCGCCACCAAACACUCAUGCGGUACCGAUUGCUGUAACUGUAUUAAGUAUAGCUAUCAAACGUUUAAUUUAAUAAAUAAAAGUUCCCUUGAGCUCUAAUUUGUUGCUCGUUGUUGUUAUGGUAAAAAGUUUACAGAAUCUCAGUAUGAGCUUUCAAAACUCUCGUUCUUUCGACAAAAAAAAAUGCAUGCGAUCGAUAACAACUUUUGUCAAUCUUGUUGUUUGUUCGUUCGAUUAAAAAGUUAUGGUCACUUUUCCUUUGAUGGACAUUCUAAAUAUUUACAGGCUAGACCUCGUCGUUCGAUGGUUCGUUUGAUAUCUUUGAUCUGAUCAAAUCGGUGGCUUUUCGAUCGUUACGCGCACUUGACUCGCCUUCCGCCAUCUUGAAAAAACUAUCGAGCCUUCAGCACGGCUUUGCAGUAUUGCCCAUAGCAUUCUUAUGAGUAUGCUCGAGAGACUCGAGAUCAAACUUAAGAAUCAUCUAAAGUUUUGUACUUAUACCAAAUUAACUAUAGCGACCUUGAUGGCGAGUUUACCGGUGGUGACUUGAUGGCGGCGAGAUUGCCCCGGUGGCGAGACUUCCUGAUGGCGAGAUGACUUUAAAUCGUUGUGAAGAAGCUGAGUCCGUAUUGUUUGUAUACUGCAGGUUGGUGUUCCUCUCGGCAUGGAAACAUUUCUCAUAAAAGAGUUCAACUUCGGUGCAGAUUUUGAAGGUAACCUCGGGUGACUUUGUUUCCAGACUACAGCUUAGACCUUCGUUCAUAAAGAAAAUCCAGAGAAAGCCCAAAGUGACUGGCCUCAAAAUAGAUGGCUGCGUAGCUUCGAUAAACCACAGAUUAUGAAAGUGCUCAUGAACUUGGAUGGAGAAAACAGGCGGCUCUUGUUACGAGUUGAUAAGUUGCUAAAAUAAAGUUAUAAAUAAAGGUGCAUUUCGAUUGAGUGUUGUGAAACCAAAACCACAAUGACCACAAAGGCUAUUCAGAAAAAAAGGUAAAAUGUCACAUUGAGCCAAUAAGAUAUUAAAAUAAAAACAAGAAACUGCUUGAAGAACGGGAAACAUGAUCAAGCAACUCGCGACUGGUUUCAGGAAACCAGGUUUUUAAUAAGUAUACUGUGUUUGAAUUUUACUGAAGAGUAUCCAUCGUGAAAAAACAAAAACAUGCUACUUCUCUUCUAGAACUAGAGGAUUUCCACGAACUGAUUGACAGUCAUAAAUACUCAUCGCUGGAAUACUUGCUAUUCUUUGACUAUGAUAUGGCGUCCGACCUGAUCAAGAAAAGGCGAAUCAACGACCUCAAGAUAGAAAAAAACAUCGCACACGAGUUUUCAGUCGGUAUGAGUCUGACAGGAGAUUUUGGAACCAAAGAGGAUGAGAGCUUCCUUGCGUGUUGGAGAAGGGAAAUCGUUGACGACUAUGAGAUUGAGAAGGUACCACCAAAGAUUUUCUGUUCUGCGCCAAAAGGUUUUUAGCGAUAACAUUUAAGGCUUCUGUUGAUGUUUCUUUUACUUAUUUGUUUUAACAGUCUAUGCAGUCUUAACCGACAGGAGACAGGGCCAUUACUCUCAGUAGACACUUAGUUCCGAUAUACUCACACGCAGCGGUUUUUACAAACCGUGGAGAGCGGCAAGAUGCCUGUAAACACGGCGCCUGGUGAUAUCAGUCCAAAUAUGGACUCACCCAAACAUUGAACCAAUGAGCAAAGGAUAGACUGACCAAGCUUAGGUUCUCUGUUAUUGAUUGUUCGCAUUUUUUUUCAGCUUUUCGUCUUUGUUUGUUUGUUUAUUUGUCUACUUGUUUUGUUUUAAGUUUUUUUGUCCGAAGUGAUACACGAGUUUUAUACCAUCUUAUUCCAGCAUCUAAAUCCCCAGUUUGAGCACCUGCCUAUAUGAAGUAAUAGUGGUUCACAUUCACGUGUAUAAUAUCAGCUUCUUUCCCUAUACAAUGAACCUAGAGCUGUGUUUGUUUUGAAAUUUACGUUUCAUUUCAGGCAACUCGAAGGCAUGCAAGAAAAGCCAAGAAAAAGGAACAAGCUUCGACGAAACAACCUCUGGAUUCCAGCACUUGGGUCAUCAUCAUCAGCGUGCUUUUUGUGGUUUUGGGAAUGACAGCAGCCAUUGUUAGGCAAUAUCGCUGGCUCAAAGCUCAGAACAUGGUUGCAGGCCGAGUUGAUUCCUCUUAA